GCUAAGGGGAAAACAAGAAAGGGGCCUCUAAGGAUUAUUAUGGUGACAUGAUAAUUAAUUCCUGACUUUGCAAUACGUGGUUUCGUCCACAGAGAAGCCUAACCAUGAACAGCAAUUCUAACAACAGCCUGAGUCCAAAUGCCUUGGACGACUACCUUGUUAAACACCAAUCCAGUUUGAUGUGGCUACUUGUAGCCACUAUUCUUUCCUGUGGAUGGAUUAUAUACUUAACAUACUACAACUCUCGUAACAUUGGACUCAUCCUUACCCUUAUUAUUAACAGACUCUACAAAAAUGGAUACAUUCAUAUCGGCUCCUUCUCCUUUUCCGUGCUGUCUGGAAAGGUCAUGUUCCGAGAUGUUUACUACAUCAACGAGGACAUGUCCAUUAGAAUUCAAGAUGGCUUUCUUAUAUUUCGCUGGUGGAAGAUGUAUAACCCUAAACAAAAGCAGCAUGACCCAAAGGCAGAGACACGGCUGUAUGUCACAGUUAAUGGCUUUGAAUUCCACGUAUACAAUCGGACAGACCUGUAUGCACGCUUGCAGGAUAUGUUUGGCUUGGAGCCCACUCUUAUCCCUCCACGGCAAGAUGGAGAGAAGGACAAAAAGGAGCAAAACAAAACGCUUGACAGUGUUAACAUCAAAGCUGAAUCUCAGGAUGUGGCUUCAUCAUGGAGGUCUCUCAUACCUGUCAUUAAAGUCAACAUAAGCACAGGUCGAGUAGCAUUUGGAAACAACUACCUUUCUCACACUCUGUGCAUGCAUUUUGAUGAUGCCCUCCUGACUUACACCACCAAGCCUCCCAGUAGCCAUUUGGAUCAGUUCAUGCACAUAGUAAAGGGCUCACUGGAAAAUGUGCGUGUGAUGCUAGUGCCCAGCCCCCGAUACCUUGGUCUGCAGAAUGAUGAGCCACCUAGACUCAUGGGAGAGGGGUUUGUUGUUAUGCAGUCAAAUGAUGUUGACAUCUACUAUUACCAAGAUGAACCAGGUUUGGUCCCUGAGGAGUUAGAAAACGGGGAUGCAGACGCUUCCUCCGAGGGUACUAAGUUGCAGGAUCUGCCUCCAUGCUGGGGCUUAGAUAUAGUAUGUGGAAAAGGAACAGAUUUUAAUUAUGGACCAUGGGCUGACAGACAGAGGGACAGUCUGUGGAAAUUCUUUCUGCCUGCAGACUAUCAGCCAAUGAAAGUAAGCGAUGUUGCCACUCCAGGAAAACCCAGGCAAAUCCAGGCAUUUGAACUGCGCAUGAACAUCAUAGCAGAUGCUACCAUAGACCUGCUGUUUACCAAAAAUAGGGAGACAAAUGCUAUUCAUGUCAAUGUUGGUGCUGGUUCUUAUUUGGAGGUCAACAUUCCUAUGACAGUAGGGGAAAAUGGAUAUUCUCCUACUGUUAAAGGGCAGUUACUGCAUGUGGACACCACCAGCAGCAUGCAAUACAGGACUCUACUGGAGGCUGAGAUGCUGGCUUUCCAUGUGAUAGCCAGUUACCCACGUGUAUGGAAUAUGCCCCAGUCCUGGCAGUGUGACAUUGAAGUGUAUAAAGCCACUUACCAUUUCAUCUAUGCACAAAAAAACUUCUUCACAGAUCUAAUCCAAGACUGGUCUAGUGAUAGUGAGCCGGAUAUCUACUCAUUUGUUCCAUAUUCCUGGAAGUUCAACGUGCAUUUCCACCAGUUUGAAAUGAUAUGGGCCUCCAAUCAGCACAACUGGAUUGACUGUUCAACAAAACAACAAGAGAAUGUGUAUCUUGCUGCCUGUGGAGAAACACUGAAUAUUGACUUCACUUUACCUUUUCACGAGUUUGUUCCUGUUACCUGUAACACAUGUUUUUGUUUGAAAGCAGAAGACACAGAUAUGAGGCUUUGUUUGCCUGACUGCCACCCUAGCCGAUACCCCUUACUCACUCUUGCAAAGAACUAUCAGUACACCAAGUGUCCACAAGACAAUAGCAUGCCAGCGGAGACCCAUGGGGCGCCACCAAAAAUCAACAAAACUCGCUGGAGAAACAUGACCAAUGCGGAGGCUGGAUGGGUAGACUGCUGGAGUGUGCCAAAUUUCCAGCUGAUUAUUGACUACACCUGGCAUCCCAUCUACCCUCAGAAAUCUGACCAGCAGCUCAAACGAUCCUUUUCUGAGAUGGAGGAGUCUAUGCUGUCAGCCCUACGACCCCCACAGAACUCCGCCUCUGUUUCACCUCCUCGUGUGCCAUCAGACCCCAGCCUGCUUCCCCCUGACAAGCUGCAUGUAGAGAUGGAGCUCAGCCCUGACUCUCACAUCAUCCUCUAUGGCCCCCUGCUCAGAGCCCUGCUUUCUAUCAAGGAAAAUUACUUUGGGGAGGAUGACAUGUACAGAGACUUUGAGGAGUCUUUGUCCAGCCCAGGACUAAGCUCAUUCUCCUCAUCAUCUGGCUGGACUGGAGUGGGUCUGGAAGAAAGCAAGCACAAAGACAAUUCCAACCCUCUAUCACUGCGCCCCUGGGAGAUCACUGUUCUUAUUAACUUGCACAAGGUCCACGGACGCCUGCCUAUGCACUGUAGCAGUGACAAUCCGGAGGGUCCGACAGGAUAUCUGGAGCGGCUGUGUUUCGAGAUGAAGAAAGGAUACAAAGAAACCAUGUUGCAGCUAAUUCUUUCACCGCUGCAUGUGUUUGUCAGUGAUAGUUACCAGCGACCUGCAGUGGAUGGGGUGUUGCGUGAUGGGCAUCUCAGCCUCUCGGGUCUACAGAUGCGAGCCCAUGCCAUGUUCUCAGCCGAAGGUUUACCAGCUGGUAGUGACACAAUUGAAUAUGCCUGGCUCAUUGAUGUACAGACCGGGGCUCUCACAGGCAAAGUUACUUUGCCACAGUGUGCCUCACUGCUGGAAUGGGGAGAGACGUUUUUAUUUCACGUAGUGUCACGUGAGUUCCAGCUAGAGCAGCCUAAAUCAUCGGUCACCUGUCAGCAUGGAGUCGACCAGAGAACCUGUGAUGCCAAGUAUGCAGCCUUGCCUGGACCUUGUCGGACGUCUGAGGACUUGAAGUACACCAUGACUCGGCUGACGGUGGAUGGAGCCCAGAUUUUCAUUGUGGAGCAUGGCUGUGCAGCUAACAUUAAGACGGGUGCUUUGCGGUUGGCUACCUGUAACCUGCACACCCCUGCAGUAGGUGAGGGCAUCAGCGCUGUUCUUCAGGAUGUUGUUAUUGCCCAGUUCAUUGAGCAGCAAGAAGUGGCAAGGCUUGGCCUGCCUCCUCCCAUUCUGCGCAGAUCUAAUUGGCUAGAAGCGGGUUCUGUGACCUUUAACCUCAUCACUGCUGACGUGGCGUUAGCUGCUGACCAUCCCGUCAAAUAUGAAGUGCAAAGACACUUCCUGGAACUGCAUGACAUGCGAACAAAGAGGCUGUGGUUCUUGUGGCCAGAGGAAACUUACAAACGAAGCAGAAACCGGUGCGGAUGUUUGGGUGGAUGUCGUUUCUUUGGUGGAUCGACGGGUAGUCUGGACUUCUUUCGGCUAGACGAAAUGACCCCCUCAUCAAGCUCCGCUUUCUCGACUGUCAAUGCUGAGAUUGACAUGAGCUAUGGCCAGUCACUUUUACAGCCUGGGGAGUGGAUAGUCACCAAGGAACCACCUAAAAUUCCUGAGACUAAAGGUGCAGGAAUGCGUAGGGAGACGUGUUCUCCCGCUCCAGCGCCUGACAUGGAAAGGCGUGGUCAGCAUCUCAGUCUACAGGUACCUCAGCGUUCUCACAGCUCUGCGUCUUCUUCUGAGGAAAACUCCUCCUGCAGUGCUGCCCUGCCACUUCUAGCAAACGAGCGAGAAAGCCCUUCCCCCUGUGCCGAGUUAAUGAAUGUAACAACUGAUGGUCCUGUCCCCGAAGCCCCACCACUUCGAUCUCCUCUGCGCUCACCCCUCAAGCGCCAGUCCUCUGUCCAUUCGGCACGCCUAGGUAGCACCAAAAGCCUAUCGGCCGCCGUCUUUGCGGAGAAAGUCCCGCCCCCUGCUGGUGUGCAGUUUAGCAGUGACGUGUCCCGAAGUGAUGAGAAUGUUUUGGACUCGCCGAGACAGCGCAGGAGCUACGGCUCUUUUCCCUUUACUCCCUCAGCAGAUUCCAGCACUUUCCAUCAGUACCGCUCGAUGGACUCCACCAUGUCUGUCGCAGAUAGCGAGGCUUACUUCAGUGCCAAUGAGGAAUUUGAACCAAUUAGCAGUGAUGAGGGGCCUGGUACAUACCCAGGGAGGAAACGCAGGCGAAGACAGCAAGGACAGCUUCAUAUCGAACACAGUCGCACCUCAAUCUACCACAGUGUAGAAGGACCCAUGUCGAUCUCCGAGUGCCGCCCCACUCUACUGCCUAGCCACACCUCUCAGGCCUCUUUUGUCUCUGCACUCGGAUUGGAGGAAGAGGGUUCCAUAGAAGCAGAGAGACCCGAGCCUGGCCUGCUAACAACACAGCCUCAUUUAAUGGCUUGUUACAGUAAUUAUCUUGCACAUUAUCAUGUGUCAAACUGGUCUGUCAAGCAGCCAACCAAUAAGAGGACAUCAAAGUCAUCCCUGCACCGCCCUCUUGACCUGGACACACCCACAAGUGAAGAAAGCUCUGCAUCUUUUGAUCAGUUGUCCAUUCCUGCUUUUAAGAUUGUGAAGGCAGGUCUCUCUGCCAGCUCUUUGUUGGACAGAGGGAUUCAGCUCAUGGGAGAUAUAAACAGCACCCCUUACACACCACUUGACAAGCGGGCAAUGGAAAACACAGACGAGGACACAAAUACAGAGGACUGGUCAAUGGAUCAGCCACUGACACAGACCAGGACCACUGCUAUUGUGGAGGUUAAAGGAGCGAUUAACGUGGUUCUUACUCCUCUAGUGGCUGAAGCUCUGGACAGGUACAUUGAGUCAAUGGUGCAUUUUGCCAGUAUCCGUCACCCAGCUUCCAUCCUGGAUGAUCUUCAUGCUAAAGUUCUGAAUGAAGCUUAUCAGAUCAGCAAGUCCACCGUACCUGAGUCUCAGAGUGCUGGAAAGCCAGAACAUAAGAUCUCUAAGACUGAAGGGCCACUGAACACACCUCACGGACAGACCGACCUGUCAGUCAAACCUGACAAUGUCAAAAUAAAGGGCUUGCAAGCCAAUGUUACCAUUCCAAAGGUGAACCUGUGUGUGCUGCAGGCUUCGGUUGAAGAGGGCUCUUCCACUAAUAAGAACAUCACACACACCUCUCUUGUGGCCCUUUGCUUUGAUAGAAUUGCAACUCAACUUCGAAUGAACAGGGGAAUCGUAGAGGACCCAGAGAAAUCCUCUGUAAUGAUGGAGAAGUUCUCAUCAGCCUCUAAGAUGGCACCUCAGUCCAGUGGCUCUCUACGCUCAAAUGCAGGGGUGGAAAAGGGCAAAGAGAUUGCAGCCCGGCUCAACAUCCACCGCAUACACAGCCAACUUCGUGGCCUUGAUUCAUCAGAUCUUGGUGUCUGCGCUAUAACUGCAAUCCCAUUUGAGAAAUCCAAAGUCCUGUUCAGUUUAGAGGAGACUGAUGACUUCGCAUUGGUGGACGAGACAGAACCACCACAUUCUACAGAUCAUAUUCAGGACCACACCUCUGACCCUGCAAGAUCUGGAGCAAGCUCUGAGAAAUGGGGCUGGAUCAUGUUUGAGUGUGGGAUUGAGAACCUUACCGUCAAAGGAGGCCGCCAGUCAGGGGCAGUUCUCUACAGUGCAUUCGGGGUGAUGGGUGGAGCUGACACAGCUGUUAAGGGAGGAGUUUCAAAAUCAAACGGUUCCAGUGGUUCUCAGACAGGAAGCGGUUAUAGCACUGAUGUAUCCGAUGACAACCUGCCAAAUGAUGCUCACAGUCCUGCUUCUGAGCCCAACAACUCUGACUCUGAUGAGCAGGAUGAAGGAGUGGAAUCUGAUGAUCUCAAAAAGGACCUUCCAUUACUGCCCCCUCCACCCGACUCCAGCAGCAUGAAACUUACCAUAAAAGAAAUCUGGUUCAGUUUUGCUGCGCCAACUAAUAUACGUUCUCAAACGCAGGCCAUGUCCAGGCAGCUGAAUUUAUUAAGCACAGCAACCCCUGCCGUUGGUGCAUGGCUGUUACCCAUUGACCAACUGAAGUCCACUUUACAGAAGCUGGACAUGGAGGCUACGCUGCGUGUGUGCGCUGUUAUGGGCUGCAUCAUGACCGAGGCCCUGGAGAAAAAAAGCAUUCAUAUUCCAUUCCGGAGCAAAUAUAACCGAGUGACAAAGCGAGCACGCUAUCUGCAUGAAAAUCCGUCCUGUUUACUGUGCAAUAUUUUACACCGCUACCUUCAACAAGCAGACUACAGCAUUAUAGAGGAGGCUACUAUGAAUGAUGGCCUGCCUGCUCUGGUCACACUGAAAAAAGGCCUGGUCGCACUUGCACGCCAGUGGAUGAUGUUCAUUGUCGUUACUCAGGCAUUUAAGGGAGUAGGUUUGCUACAGCCUAAUCAGCUGCCAAAACCCAAAGAGCCAGUUGAGAACGAUCCUGACCCUGCUCAGGGUGUGGACAGUGGAGGUGCCAUUCAGAGCGACACCAGUGCCGAUGGAGCAGAGUUUGAGUAUGAUGCAGGCACAGUCAGUGAACACACAAUGCUUUUGGAGGGUGUGUGUAGCCGACCGGCCCCCACUGGAAACUCUGCCCCUGUGAGUGGUGUUGAGAUCAUGAGGAAACUCUCUAAGUCACACACACACAACGAGUCGGGUCUCAGGAUCAGGGGUUCCCAUCCGUACCAGUCUCUGAGCUAUACAAGUGGAGACACCGCAGCUGAUUCGCCAGCUCAUGUGAGUCGGACAGGGCUACAGUCUAACAACAGCCCACGAAAGGAGUCGUUGCUGAGCUACCUGACAGGAAGCUUCCCCAGUUUACAUAAUCUUCUGGAAGCUACCCCUUCUCGCAAUAGUGAACAAGUGGCAGCCAAAAGCAGCUCUCUAACUCGCACAGGUAAUAGCCUGGGAACAGACAUGCUGACCGAGCAUCCUCUCUUGUCUGAGCCGCCUUCAGUCAGCUUCUACAACUGGAUGUCCAACGCUGUAGGAAAUCGCACAGGGGGCAAAGUCCAGGAGUCUCCCCUCAACCGCUCUCAGCACAACAGCCUGCAGACUGGGGGCAUGCUUCCAACCAUCCCUUCAGCAUCAGACUUUAACACAGUUUUGUCAAGUGAUCAAAACACCAUGGACACACACUCUCAGCACACCCACUCCCAACAAAGCAACAGCCAAGAUGACCUGCUUGAGCAGGACGAGAUCAACCUCUGCCCUGCUGCUGUUCAGCUGGCUGAUGCACAGGUGGUGUUUAAACCUCUGCUCAGUCACACUGGGAUCCAAUCUCAGGAUUCUCCUCCACUCAGCUAUAAGAUGUAUUUUGGGGAGCAUCUGUCAUUUAGCGGUACACUGGAGUGCUUGAGGGCAGACAUUGUGGACUCGGACACCAGCAAAUACAGGAAGAGCAAAAAAGCUCGCAGACAGGGCACAGUGAAUCUGCCGCCACUGGAGUUUAAGCCAGCAUUGAUGAUUGAGACGUUUAGUGUGAAUGCAGUGGUGCUGGAGAAGUGUAUGUCGUCGACAUGGGCCUCGUCAGCUAGCGCACUCUCCUUCCACGAGCUGAGCCGUCGCCCACAGGUCAGCGUCCACUGCCACUUCACCCUGGCCUGUCAGGCUAUCCGGCAGCACGUGGACAUGGCCCUAGUGCGGCUUAUCCAUCAGUUCAGCACCAUGAUUGAUGACAUCAAGGCCACACAGACAGACAUCAAGCUGAGCCGCUACACUGCAGGUUCAGCCUCCCCCACGCCCGCCUUUAAGGCACGACCACACGGGACCAUACGCUCCUCGGACUUUAGUCGCAGCUCCCGGGGGAGCCUGAAUGGCGCCACCCGCAUCAGCACACAAAAGAGCAAAAGGGCAGCUGCAGGGCCUGGCACAGACACGCUGACCAGAAACAGAGAGCCACGUGUCAGGACUUCGCUGGCCAAGUCGGAAAGGCGCACAUCCAGAGUGUCACGCAAGGGCUCACGUGAUGCUGCUGAUCACAUGACUAUCCAGAUGGACGACUCAGAUUCCAUCACAGUCUCGGAGCAGAGCGAACCUUCGGCAGAGUGUUGGCAGAACAUGUACAAACUGCUCAACUUCUACUCGCUGAUAUCCGACCCCACAGGGAUCCUAGAGAAGAGCCAGGAAAAUGUCCCCUCAGAUGGUGGAAGAAGCCCUGCGGAGCCUCCGUGUCGGUUGACGUUUGAGUCUGAGACAGAGUCGCCACCGAAUAGGCAGGGUCGUAGACGGAGCUUGGUGAGUUCAGAGCCUCAACAUGUGACUCUGAUAGUGUUUGGUGUAGGUAUGGUAAACCGUACACACCUGGAGGCAGAUAUUGGAGGCCUGACUAUGGAGGCUGAAUUAAAGAAAAUCCACGGCAGCUUUACGCUGAAAGAGAAAAUGAAAGAUAUUCUUCAUCAGAAGAUGACAGAGACAUGUGCAUCAGCCCAUAUUGGUGGUGUGAACAUUGUGCUGUUGGAGGGCAUUACACCAGACAUCCAACUGGAGGAUUUCCCAACCUCCCCUACCAGCACAGCCAAGCAAGAGUUUCUGACUGUGGUGAAGUGUAACAUUGCUAAGUCUCAGGCUCUGUACAGUGCUCAGCGUGGACUCAAGACUAAUAAUGCUGCAGUGUUUAAAGUGGGUGCCAUUAUGAUCAACAUCCCACAACACCCUGCAACACUGCAUAGCAUGAUGGUCCGCAGCUCCCAUCAGCUAUCUAAACAGAUUUCGGACCUUAUCCGCCAGCCAUCCAACCCUCCACCCCCAAGCAGGGAAGAAACACCCACCCCACAGCCAUCUGAAAAAGCCUCAAGUAUCAACCAAACUCCAGUCGAGGCCAACGUGUUUCCACAGCUGCCUGAAGGACUGGAGAAGAAGCCCAUCGUCCUAAAGUUUAGCGCUAUGCUGGACGGGAUCACUAUUGGUGCAGCCUUGCUGCCCUCGCUCAAGGCAGAGUACAAAAUGGGAAGAAUGAAGAGCCAUGGAAUGACAGGUGCCCAGACAAGGUUUACAUUUGAGCUACCCAGUCAUAAGCUGUGUUUCCAGUCUAAACUGUCCCCAGUGGAUGUGUCAUCCGUUCCUCCCUCAGCCAGUUUGACCCUGCCGCCAGUUAUUAUGUCUGGAGAGUACAUCAUUCAAGAACACGAGGGUCACAGUGAAACGGGCUGGGCCCAUGACGACAUGCCCACCAAACAGGGCAACUAUCUGCAGGGCAACUACCUGCGCUGUAUUGCUGAGGUUGGCUCAUUCGAGCACAGCCUGACCACAGACCUGCUCAAUCACCUGGUCUUCCUACAGAAGGUCUUCAUGAAAGAGGUCAAUGAGGUCAUCCAGAAAGUCUCAGGAGGCGAGCAGCCCAUUCCCUUGUGGAAUGAGCAUGAUCUGUCAACUGAUGGAGACAAACCUAAAAUCUUGCUAUACUCCCUCAACCUCAUGUUUAAGGGUAUUCAGGUGACAGCCACCACUCCAUCUAUGAGAGCGGUGCGUUUUGAGACUGGUUUGAUCGAACUGGAACUCUCCAACAGAAUUCAGUGCCAGUCUACACCAACCGGAAGCAGCUACCUAAAGCUCUUUGGGAAAUGUCAAGUAGAUUUAAACCUAGCUCUAGGACAAAUUGUAAAACACCAGGUCUAUGAGGAGGCUGGGUCGGAUUUCCAUCAGGUUGCAUAUUUCCGCACACGCAUUGGCUUACGCAAUGCUUUGCAAGAGGAGAUUAGUGGCUGCUCUGACAAAGAAGCUGUUCUUAUUACACUCAACAGGCCGAUAGUAUUUGCCCAGCCAGUGGCCUUUGACAGAGCCGUGCUGUUCUGGCUGAACUACAAGGCAGCAUAUGAUAACUGGAAAGAGCAGCGGCUGGCAUUGAACUCUGAUAUCCACAUGGCCACUAAAGAAGUUGUGGACAAACUACCAGCGAUCCAGCAGACCAGCGUGCAGGCCUUCAGCACUCUCUUUCUCCAGCUCACAGUCAAUGACCUGGGCAUCUGCCUACCUAUCACCAGCGCAUCACAGGCCAAUCUCAAUUUGGACUUUGAUGCAGGCUCAGCAUUGGUGCUGACCAUAGAGAGUACUCUGAUCACAGCUUGCUCUUCUGAGUCUCUGGUCAGUAAAGGUCACUUUAAGAACUUUUGUAUCCGUUUUGCUGAGGGCUUUGAGACCUCCUGGGACGACUGGAAACCUGAUCUUAGAGGAGACCUGGUUAUGAAUGCAUGUGUUGUUCCAGAUGGUACCUAUGAAGUUUGCUCUAGAACUACAGGCCAGGCCUCAGCAGAAAGCAACAGUGCAGGAACAUGGACGCUGAACGUCCUGUGGAAAAUGUGUGGGAUAGAUGUCCACAUGGACCCCAAUAUUGGCAAGCGUCUCAACGCUCUUGGAAACACCCUAACCUCGCUGACUGGUGAAGAAGACAUUGAUGAUAUUGCUGACCUUAACUCUGAACACAACGAUGAUCUGUCCGAUGAAGAUGAGAGUGAUGACAUGUCCCCCACUGUACACAUGUGUGUGGAUGGGGAUCUCAGCCCCAGAGUCUCAUUCAGGAAGCGGCUGGUGAACAGUAUUCUUGGUAUUAGCCCUACGUCGUCCCCCCACUCACCUCCGGCAUCCUCAGAGUAUCGGGAGGUUUCCAGUGCGAGCUCGAUCACUCGCGCCAAGUCGAGAAGCGUUCGCCUGCCUCCUUCUGCCUGUGCACAAACGUCUAGACACCCUAGACCCCUGUCAUGGGGCUGUGAGUCUGUUGACCUACGCAGGCAGGUUGCUAUAAAUAAUCAGAUUGUUGAUGCUCGAGGACGCAAGUUCACCAAGCGCCUAGUGGACAUCAGAGAGCUCAACGAACAAGCCAGAGUCAUCGAUGACCUCAAAAAAUUGGGAGCGAGUGAAGGCACUAUAAAUCAGGAAAUUCAGAGGUAUCAGCAGCUGGAGUCGGUUGCAGUGAACGAUAUCCGCCGUGAUGUGCGCAAGAAACUCCGCCGCUCAAGCAUGAGGGCAGCGUCUCUGAAGGAUAAAUGGGGUCUGGGAUACAAACCCAGCUACAACAGGUCAAAAAGCAUUUCAGCCACAGGUAGACCAGCAUUGAAAAGGAUAGAGAGACAGAGUUCCAGACUGGGAGAUAUGGAUGACCUGCCAGAUAUUAAAGUGGACGUUGCUUCUCCAGGGCCAAGAGUGACAUUCAAUAUUGACACGAUGAGUAAUGUGGCAGCGGACACCCUACAAACUCCGCACUCACCCCCACAGAGUCCAGCCAGCUCUGUCUUCAAGUUCCCAGAGGAGACAGAGGUGGACUUGUUGUCUGUCAGCAUUGAUGAUCAUGCUCCCCAUUGCCCAUCAUGCUCAGUGUUCAGUGCACCUGGCACACCUGAAGUCUUCUCACCCAGCAUUCCCUUCCAGCCUGAUGACGGUCGCCGUGAUGACCUGUCCACCUCUUCUUCUGAGGACACAGACAAAGAAGAAGAGAUUGACCGUGAGAGAGCACCUGGUUUUACCCGCCGGACAGGAACAUCUCAGAGGAAGUCUAUAGGAUUAGCAGCCUUAUUUAGUGAGCGCUGGCCGGGCACGCCUUCACAGCGUGGAGCAGUGAUUCCGCCCAGUGAGCGGAACAUUGACUUUGAGUUGGACGUCCGUGUAGAGAUCGACAGUGGCAAGUGUGUGCUACACCCCAGCACCCAGCUGUCAGAGAAUGAGGAGCUUGCAUCACGCAGAAGUUGUGAUCGAAGCUCGCGGAGUUUGGAUCAGGAUUCUCCCCCAAAGAGGCGAAAGCUGCAGCCCAGCUUUACCUCCAGCUCGAACAUGCUAAACUCCAAGAGAGUGCCUUCCUCCCUCCAGAGCAAGAGCAGUGACACAGAGAACACAGUCUUCUACAUCCCUGGAGUGGACGUCAAGUUGCACUACAACUCCAAGAUUCUGAGGACUGACUCGCCCAACACCUCACGUGGCUCUUCUUUACCCAGAACUCUCUCCAAAGAGUCCAAGCUGUAUGGUAUGAAAGACUUGCCCAGCCCAGUGGCCAUGGCACCUGGCAAGACUAACACCCUCCUGUCCCCUCCUCCCCAACCCCCUCCUCCUCUAACCUCAGCUAAAGGUAAGCCGAGUGUCGGGGUAAAGACAGCUAAGCUUUAUGCAUGGGUGGCCCUCCAGACGCUUCCAGAAGAAAUGGUGAUUAGUCCCUGUCUGCUGGACUUUCUUGAGAAAGCCUUAGAGACCAUCCCUAUUACCCCAGUGGACAGGAACUAUACAACACUGAGUGCACCUGAGGAGGACGUCGGACAUUUCGACUCUGUAGAUCCACUGGAGGAGUCUCAGGUCUCUUUGGUGUCGUCCUCGACCUCUUCAUAUUCGUCAUUCCCCGUGGAUGUCGUUGUCUAUGUCCGGGUUCAGCCAUCUCAGAUACGCUUCAGCUGUCUGCCCAUGUCCCGUGUGGAGUGCAUGCUAAAACUGCCCUCUCUGGACCUCGUCUUCUCCUCCAAUAGAGGUGAGCUGGAACCCCCUAGCGCCACCCACCCGGCAGACAACCAGCACACACCUUCUUCUACACCCCCGUCUGUGCACAGUGCUUUCAAAAUACCUGGCAGCAAAGGUCCACCCUCCGGUUUCGGUAGUCCUCUGGGGCGGAGCCGACAUAGCAGCAGUCAGUCUGAUUUGACUGGCCCAGCCACCAACUCCUCAGGGCUGAGCUUUACAGCGUGUAUGUCUGAUUUCUCUCUCUACGUGUUUCAUCCAUACGGCGCUGGUAAACAGUCUGCUAAGUCUGCUGUAACUGGCCUGCCACCCGGCCCAGGACCUCUGGGAGCAGUGGAGGAGGAGAGCACCUCAGUGACAGGCAGAAAGGAUUCUCUCUCUAUUAACCUGGAGUUUGUUAAAGUCAGUCUGUCCAGGAUGAGGCGGACGGGAUGCGUCUCCUUUUUUGACACCUCUACAAUCGGCAAAGGAGGCAAGAUGGACACCACACUCAUUAACAUCUCAGCUGUGUGUGAUAUCGGCUCGGCUUCCUUAAAGUAUGACAUGAGACGCCUCAGUGAGAUCUUGGCCUUCCCAAGAGCCUGGUACCGUCGCAGUAUUGCUAGGAGAUUGUUUUUAGGAGACCAGACCAUCAACCUACCAGCAUCAGGUCCAGCCACCCCAGACUCAGCUGAGAGUGUAGCCCAGCACCUGUCUCCUGAGUCCUCCCGAAAAGCCUACUGGAGGACGUGGGACAGUCAGUCAGCCCAGCAUACUUCGUCUAGCGUAUUUAAUGAUUCCACCCCACCCAGCCACACACACCUUAAAUCCCCGGCUAUGGGACGCUCACGCAGUGUGUCAGACUCAUCCGCACCCCGCAGAGAUUCUGUGACCAAGACGUCCACCCCAGCCGCCCGCAAUAACAAGGCAUCAGCACAACAGGGAUCACCAUGGGAGACACUGGUGGUGUUUGCCAUCAACCUCAAACAGCUCACCGUUCAAAUGAACAUGAGCAAUGUCAUGGGCAACAACACAUGGACUACAAGUGGUUUAAAGAGUCAGGGGCGUCUGUCUGUGGGCAGUAACAGAGAUCGAGAGAUCAGCAUGUCUGUGGGACUGGGCCGCUCCAAACUGGACUCUAAAGGAGGAGUGGUGGGAGGAAACAUAGACGUCAACACACUCGAGAUGGUCUCCCACAUCUCAGAACAUCCCAACCAGCAACCCAGCCAUAAGAUUCAGAUUACCAUGGGUUCAACAGAGGCUCGACUGGACUACAUGGGCUCGAGCAUCCUGAUGGGGGUCUUCAGCAAUGCUGACCUGCAGCUCCAGGAUGAGUGGAAGGUCAAUCUUUGCACUGAGGCUGGUCUGUCAGAGAAAAGUGAGAUCUUUGUGCAUGGAGACCUGCAGUGGGAUAUCUUUCAGGUGAUUAUCUCUCGUUCCACCACCCCUGAUCUUAUCAAGAUCGGCAUGAAGCUGCAGGAGUUCUUUACUCAGCAGUUUGACACCAGCAAGCGCGCCCUGUCCACCUGGGGACCAGGGCCCUACCUGCCCCCAAAAACACCUGUACCUAAUGUGGAUAAAGGAGUUGCUGAACUAUAUAUGGAUGCGGCUCAUCAUCGCCAUUGGCCAGCUGUACUAAAAAUGGUGGCUGGCUGUCACAUCUCACUCUUUCAGAUGCCACUGCCUGAAGAUGCUGUGCAACUAGGUGGCUCAAUGAGUCUCCAUGGAAACCACAUGACUUUGGCUUGUUUCCAUGGGCCAAACUUUCGCUCCAAGUCAUGGGUUUUGUUUCACCUAGAGGAGCCAAACAUUGCCUUCUGGACGGAGGCACAGAAGAUCUGGGAGGAUGGUUCAAGUGAUGACUCAACCUACAUUGUGCAGACUUUAGACUUUCACCUUGGACACAAUACCAUGGUGACUAAGCCAUGUGGUGCACUGGAGAGUCCCAUGGCAACCAUCACAAAGGUUACCCGCCGCCGCCACGAGAACCCACCCCACGGAGUGGCCACAGUCAAGGAGUGGUUCAGCUAUGUCACUGCGAUGAGGAAUGAAGAGCUGAAUCUGCUGCGCAAUGUGGAUGCUAAUAACUCAGAGAGUGGUGCUGCAGCUAAGAGCUCCAGCCUGCUUAGUGGUUUCCGAGGCUCCUCCAGCUACAACCAUGAGACUGAGACCAUCUUUGCUCUGCCCAGGAUGCAGCUUGACUUCAAAUCUAUCCAUGUGCAGGACCCUGAGGAGCCCUCUUUGAGUGGUACAGACCCCAGCAGCAAGCCCAAAGUGGAGUGCAGUGUGGUGACCGAGUUCACCGAUCAUAUCUGUGUUACCAUGGAUGCCGAGCUUAUUAUGUUCCUGCAUGAUUUGGUGUCUGCCUACCUAAAGGAGAAGGAAAAGGCCCUGUUUGCCCCACGUUUAUCUGCAUCACGGCCGGGUCAGAAGAGCCCCACGGCGCAGCAGGAUGACAGCACAGCCGACAAAGAGAAACCCAAAGAGGAUGGAGUAAACUACACCACGGUGGACUGGAGAGAGUUUCUCUGCAACACUUGGCACCUUGAGCCCACACUGAGGUUGAUUUCGUGGACAGGCCGGAAAAUUGACCCGGUGGGAGUGGACUACAUUCUGCAAAAGCUGGGCUUUCAUCACGCAAGAACUACGAUUCCUAAGUGGCUGCAAAGAGGAGUGAUGGACCCACUGGAUAAAGUUCUGUCUGUUCUCAUAAAGAAAUUAGGAAAUGCACUGCAGGAUGAAAAGGAAAAGAAAGGACUACGAGAUAAGGAGGAACAUUAAUGCACUUUCAGUUUCAUUCCCCCUCUCUCACUCAACUCAACUCGCUCCCUAAAUGUGAGCCCUUAAUCACUACACCUACCAUAAGCUCAUGUGAAACACUGGAUUUGUUACUCAUACUGUGCAGUUUGCUUACUCUCUUACACACACUGUACCAGUAUAGGCAUUAAUGUUUACUAGGGUGCAAUGUGGCAAUUUUGCUUGGAAUGUGCUCUCUUUAUUAUGGUAAAUUUGGCUCUAAUGUCAUCAGUAUGUAACUUGCUGCUAAAUGCCAGCUGGAUUUUGUUACAUGAAUUACAGGCACUUAUUAAUUUGAGGGUUUUAAAGACUUUAUUACUGCUAACUGCUGGUGAGACCUGAGCCUUCAUAAGUGUUUUUAUUGUAUUUUUUUUUUAAGUUGUGCAUUUUAAUCCUAAAAUGUACUACUUGUAAAGUCUACAGCAUGUUGUAGUAAUAGUGUCCCAAGUGUGACUAAAAUUCCAAUCAUAUUUAAUUUUUAUACUAAUAUUUUUAUUAUUUUCAGAAACGGGACACACAUUGUCCUGUUGAAUAUUUUUCUACCAGUGUGUGGGAGCAUGUGUUCUUAAACCGUUUAUUUAAAAGUGACCAAAUGCUAUAAAACUAAUUCUGAGCUACACUGGGCUAGAAUCAGUUGCAAGUUUUAACAAGAUCAAAUCUCUGAUUGUAUUUGAUAAUGUGAAUCUUUCUAAUAUUGUAUGCGAUUUAUAUUCCCAUGCACUGCAAAAUAUUUUAAUAUCUUGUAACCCAUAACUUGUUAGGCCUGUGGUGAUUUUAUUUUUUAUUUUUUAAUGUAUUGUGCAAUAGACUACUGUAAAUACAGAUGUUCAGUGUGCUUUACCUGAAUAAAAUGAUUGCAACUGUGA